CUCCCCAGAAGGUAUGGGUACUACCACAGGAGGUAGGACAAUUAUUUCCCACCUGCCUUCAGUCACUCAUCUUGGACCAGUGGAUGGAGACUGUUUACAAAGCCCCUCCAUCGACCCGCACCUCCCGCACCUCCCAACUCUUCCAAACUGCAGUCUGGCCACUUUUGGGUGAGCUGUGUCUUCCACUGGUUGUGAAGUUUGCCUGGUCCUUGUUUUUCUGCCCCAAAAGGAACUGUGUCUCUGGAACCCCAGAAAGGCUAUGAGCAGCAAUUACUCCCAUCCUCAGGGGCCAGAUUAUUCCAGGUCAAAUCAAGACCAGGGAUUGCUGGACAGGGCAACCACGGUUCUGGAAAGAUCCAAUCCUGUAAACAGAGGUGAUUGGCAGAGGCUUUCCCAGCCACAAGCCUCAGAAAUGAGACGGGUUCUGAUGGCCUUUCUCCCUGUGCUGCAGCCAGGACCCCCAACCAGCGUCAAUGAAAGCAGACGCCACAGUUAUUCCCAGCGGUUGUGCUAGGGGGCUCCCGUCAUGGCAAGUCCUCAGCCCAGUCCAGCCCUGGCAGACAAGUCUACCCCAGAGCACGACCCAGUCCAAGCUCCCGCCUCCAUGCCGGCACGAGAAGUCCCAGAAGAGGAGCAGCCUUCUCAAGGAGCUGGGGGCCUUCCACAUCACCAUCGCUCUGCUGCACCUGGUCUUUGGGGGCUACCUGGCCUCUACAGUCAAGAGCCUUCACCUGGUGGUGCUGAAGUCUUGGUAUCCAUUCUGGGGGGCUGCCUCUUUUCUCAUUUCAGGGAUCUUGGCGAUAACAAUGAAGAACUUUUCUAAAACUUACCUGAAGAUGUUGUGCCUCAUGGCAAACCUCGUCAGCCUCUUUUGUGUGCUGUCUGGCCUCUUCGUCAUCACCAAGGAUCUCUUUCUGGAGAGCCCAUUUGAGUCCCCGAUCUGGAGAAUGUACCCCAACUCCACGGUCCACAUCCAGAGGCUGGAGCUGGCCUUGCUCUGCUUCACGGUCCUGGAGCUCUUCCUGCCAGUGCCCAUAGCAGUCACAGCCUGGAGAGGGGACCGUCCAUCUGCAAAGAAUGACGACGCAUGCCUUGUUCCGAACACACCAUUGCAUCUCACAGGCCUGCCGCUGGAGCCCCCGCCAUCCUACCAGACUGUGAUUCAACAGGACACACAACACAAGCAGCAUCAGAGGAUCAGAGAAGUUCAGCAAGUUUCCCCGGACAUAUGGGUAGUCACUGACGGAGCUGGGAUCUGGACCCAGACUGCAAACUGAAGACCACUGCCUGACAAUGCCCCAACUUGGUUGGAGCAUAGCCUCUGCUCUCCCAAAGUUGCACUUUCACUGGGAAGAUGAGAUUUGUACAUACAAAAGACUAGUGCGAUGAUCUAUACAGCAAAGUCAGCCCUCAUAGCUCCUGGGAACCCUGUCCUCUCAGAUAAGCCAUUUCUUACCCAGUUGUCGGCUCGAUACAUGUGGUAGCCCAGAUUGUUUGGUUUUGUUUUGUUUUGUUGAGAUGGAGUCUUGCUCUGUUAUCCGGGCUGGAGUGCAGUGGCACGAUCUCAGCUCACUGU